UGUUGAAACAAAAAAAUCCGGUGCCGGUUUGGUAUUAUUGCAGACAGUGUUGGGAAAGAAGAUAGGUGAAGGUGGGAAACGCAUCCCAGGGUCAGAAGGUCAAAUUAAAUCAAGCAAACAGAAGACUGAUGAAACUUUAACCUGAAAGUCCGAAGUAGAAUUAAAAAGUACACAACCGUCCAGUGAAGAGACAUUCAGUGAGAGAGCAGAGACAACAAUGGCAGCAACAAAUCCGGGGAAAGAUGUGGAGAAUUUGUCAGUGGUCGUCCAUGGGAUUGGAGAUCUACGUCUGGAAAACCGCCCAAUACCUGAGCCAGGUCCAAAUGAGGUGUUGUUGAAAAUGCAUUCCGUUGGAAUAUGUGGGUCUGAUGUUCAUUACUGGCAACAUGGCCGCAUUGGGGAUUUUAUUGUGAAAAAACCAAUGGUUCUAGGCCAUGAAGCUUCUGGAACAGUUGUCAAAAUUGGUGCCUCAGUAACUCACCUGAAACCAGGUGAUAGAGUAGCCAUUGAGCCUGGAGUCCCUAGAGAAACUGAUGAGUUCUGUAAAACCGGUCGGUAUAAUUUGUCUCCUACCAUAUUUUUUUGUGCCACACCACCAGAUGAUGGAAAUCUAUGCAGAUAUUACACACACAAUUCAAAUUUCUGCUACAAGCUUCCAGAUAAUGUAACAUUUGAGGAAGGGGCUCUUAUUGAACCUCUUUCGGUUGGAAUCCAUGCCUGCAGAAGAGCGGGGGUGACCCUUGGAAGCAGAGUGUUUAUCUGUGGGGCAGGACCUAUUGGGUUGGUUUCUCUUCUUGUAGCAAAGAUGAUGGGGGCUUCACAAGUAGUAAUAAGUGACUUGUCUUCUGUUCGACUUGAGAAGGCUAAAGAAGUAGGGGCUGACUUUAUUCUACAAGUGACCAGUGAGAACCCAGAGCAGAUUGCACAGAAAGUUGAAGGCUUGUUAGGUUGCAUGCCUGAGAUUACAAUUGAAUGCACAGGUGCUGAGUCAUGUAUCCAAACGGGAAUUUAUGCAACACGUUCCGGUGGCACUUUAAUACUGGUUGGACUUGGACCUGCAAUGGUCAAUAUUCCUAUUGUAAAUGCAGCCGUGCGGGAAGUGGAUAUCAGAGGCAUUUUUAGAUACUGCAAUACGUGGCCAAUGGCAAUUUCCAUGCUGUCCUCGAAGAGAGUGAAUGUUGCUCCUUUGGUUACUCACCGCUUUCCUUUAGAAGAAGCUCUUGAGGCAUUUGAAACCACCAAAAAAGGCCUGGGAGUUAAAGUGAUGCUUAAGUGUGACAAGGAAGAUCAAAGUGCAUGAUUUAAAUCUUUGUUUCUCUAAUAAUAAGGCUUAAAGUCAAAACAAAAUGUAUAUGUUUCGGGUAAACUAUGAGAUACGGAUGCAGAGUUCAAAUCACACCAGCUAAAAAUGUAUUGCCUACAUAUAUAAUCAUACACCAUUUCAAACUGUCUUAUUUUAAAGUAUACUUCUAAGUCUACUUAUGUUUUUGAUGCUCUUCUAGGAUUCUGACAAGACAUUGUCUCUUUUUUUCUGAUGUUAUAUAGUCAGCUUAAGUAAAACAUUGAUGACCCAUCUACUUAAAUAGAGAUUUCUUUAAUAUCUGGCUGGAUAUUUCUUAUAUCUACACAUUCAAGGAAGACAAUGGGAAAAAAAAUUAAAUAUGGUACAUUUUGUUAUUAAAAUUUGUCAUCGCUUUGGUGAGAGUAUGACAACCUGUUUAUUUGCAUUAAAAAUGAAACAGCAUUUAAGCUUUUACAAUAGUUUUAGAUUUUCUAAUAGCAGAAAUUAUAUUUCAUCUACUGUUGUAAUGGGUUGCCAACAUUUGGGAACACUGCUGAUGAAAAAGGAUCUUGUAAAUUAAUGCAGUUCACAGUGUCCAGUGCGAUAAUAGUGAAGAUUUGAUUUGCAAUGAAAAAGUGCACUUCGUGCUAUAUCUGAAGUGAAAUGUACUUUACUACCUGGAGAUUUUUGAUGUGUAGUGGAAUGGGGCACUGCCUUAUACAAAUGAGGUUACACUAUAUGUUUUAUCUUUGUUGUUACAUGUAUUUUAAUAUCAGAAGAACACCACAUCAAAAAAAUCUCUAGGUUGUAAAGUACCUUUCAUAUCGGUUAUAACACUUUAUCACUAAAAAUUUAAAAAUAUAUCAAUGCUGUUUAAAUGAAUUCCAGUAUGGAGAUAAAAUUUCUUCUCCGGUAAAAAAAAUUAUGUACUCUCUGAAUUUGUAUUAAAAUUAUUUCCAAUCCCAA